AUGAAUUUUGAAAAUUUGAAAGUUUUACAAACUAGCUUCAUUAAGUUAUGCCUUAAUUAGCACAAACCUCAUUUAGAAUUAAAAUAAGUAGAAUUUAUGAAUAAAAAAUUAAAAUAUUCCUAAAAUUAAAUCGAAAUAUAUGAUUUUGGGCACGCUAAAGUAUUUGAUCAUCAAGAACAAAUUCAUAAAUUACUAAUUAUUUGCCUAUAUAAAGGAUAUGAAAGUUAAACUGAGUUUUACUUAAGAGUUAUGAAAACUGCUGUAAGAAGUGAUAUCCUUUUAAACUUAGUUAACCACUAUUACUUAGAUGAUAAUCAACUUUUCUAUGUUUUUGAAAUGGAAUGUUUUGAUGAGACAUUAAAUGCAUUUUAGUAAAAGCAUUUUGUUGAUGGCUAAAUUAUUAACUCUUUGAAAGAUUAAAUUACUUAAUACUUCUUCAAAACUCAAGAAAUAAUUUAAGAUUAUAAAUAAGAUCUUCAAUUCUACCAAUUCUACAUUAAAUAUACAUAAUAAAAAUAACUCUAAAUUAAGGUUAAUUUGAUAGAUCCAAGUUUGAGUGAUUAAUAAUUAAAGUAAAAAUAAAAUUAACAAAGUAUAGGUGAAUAAGAAUGUGAAGGACGCUUAGAAAACUAAGAUGAAAUUUUAGUAAAUAAAUAAUAAAAUUUAGACUAAAGUUAAAAUAAAACUUAGAUUGAUAUUGAAGAUGAAGAAAAAUAAAAUUUCUUAGAAGCAAUAAAUUAUAUUAGUAAUUCAAUCAAUAUGCAAAUUUAAAAAAAUGAUCUUGUGAGCUCUGUUUAACACUUUUACUCAAAUAUUUUAAAUUUUCAUCCUUUGGAAAUCUUCAAAACUGUUUAAGAGUACCCUAUGUAUUAAAGUUUCGAGGAAAUCUCUUUCGGUGAAUAAACCUUUUAAAUGAAGGUUCAAAAACGAGGAUAGACUAUUUUACUAGAAGGAAGUAAAUAUAGUUCUUUUGAUUAAGCUUAACAGAUAGCAAAGUAAUAUGAAAGUUUAAUCAAAAAUAACCAGUUUUUUACUACAUUUAUUAACAUAGAGUUAAUCGUAAUUAAUUGCUUACAAAAUUAUGUUUUGGUGGAAAAAAAAUAUAUUCAAUAACUUGAAAAAUAAAAUAAUAAUUUGUAUUGCUUUGAAAAAGAAUAUAAGUUUAACCAAGAUAAAAAAAUUUUAAUUACAUUGAACAACUUAAUUAAUUUCAGCUAUUUAUUACUGAUUAAAAAUUAAAUAUAAAUUACUAAAAUCAAUCCUAAAAAUAUAAUUUGGAAUAAAUAAUAAGAUUUGGUUGUAGCUAAUGUGAAAAACUAACAUAAUGAUAACUCUAACUUUGAGUAAAAUGAUUUUGGACUUUAAAUUGAUUCAUUUAGCUUUUAAGAAUCUUCAGAAUUUUAUGUUUUCAUAAUUGAAUCUAAAAUUUAAAAUUGCCUUAAAAAAUUAAAUAAAGAAUAUAGCAGCUUAAAUAACCUGAGAAAAGCUACAGGAAAUGCUGUAAAAUAAUUUAUCUUGAGUAUUUCUUAAUGUGAAUUAGAAAUGGCUUUAGAUUAAUAUAAUAAAAUUCAAAACAUAUUAAAUAAUUUAACUUCGCUUAAUGAUUUUAGAUCAAGAAGUAUUUAAUAUUCAAAAACAGACAUGAAUAGAAUUUAAAUAACAUUUAACUUGAAUAAAUCUUCAGUGAAAGGAGAGAAUAAUUUAUAAAAAAUAUAAAAUUUACAUAUAAAUAACCCUUCGCUCCAAAUUUAUUUAAAAUUUCAUGCAAUGAGCUUUGAAAAUUUUAUUUGUACAAAAAAAGUUAUUUUAGAAAACCCAUCUAUUCAUUAAAUUGAAGAAAUGAAAGAAAUUUUUUCAGAAUACCAUAGCAAAUUAUUGGAAGAUUUGAAAGAAAUUAUUUCUAAAUACAAAGGCAUAUUAUUGGAAGAAUUUUUCGAUAAAUUAAUAUAAUUCAUAUAAACUUAAUUUGAACUAGAAUUCUCAUUACAAAUUCUAGAUUAAUAAUUCUUAGAUCUUGAAAUAAGUCAAAUUAUAAAUAAAAAUGAUUUAACAGAAUACUAAAUUUAGUAAAUACAAAAUUAGAAUUACACUGUUUUGUAGUUUGAUUUCUCUCCUAAUGGAUAUAUAGAUUAAUUGAAGAUAUUAUUUUUAGAUGAAGGUGUAUUCUUUUUGCUUGGUGAAUGCCCAUACCUUCUACUUAAAUACACAUCAUCUAAACAAAUAAGCAAUAUGAUCAAAACUAUUUUUUAUUUAAACAAAUAUAAAACUAUCUUUGGAUUGGAUUAUCUACAUAAAUACUAUGCCUAUUAGACAGAAAAAUAAGAAGUAUGGAUAUUAAAUGAAUUAAAUAGUUUAAAUUUAAAGUAAUUGACUUUGAAUUUUUAUGAGACUGACUAUGCGUUUAACAUUUCAGGAUUUAAUUCUAUCAUUUAAUUAAAUUUAGAAUUUUUUUAUUUUGAUUAUUAUAAAGAUAAACUUCCUUAAAUGGUAGAAUAAAUUUAAUUAACAAAUUUAAAUACUAUCAAAUUAACACUUAUAGAAUCUUUUUAUAGGCAAAUCUAACCCAAAGAAAGGUAGCUUUGUGCUUUAUACAAACUUAAGAACCUUGUAAAUGUUAUUUUUUAACAAGAUAAACAUGAUAUUACAUAUGGUUAAGAAGGAUUUGAUUCAAUGACAUAUAUUGAUAAUUCUUUUUGA